UGUCUGCUGCUGCUGUCUGAAGCAGCAUUAUUGGCCAGCUGAAAUUGGCCCCAUCUUUUGAGUUUUUUCGUUGCUGCCCACAAAUAUCUGAGUAGUGGCAUUGAAACAGUUUUCACUGGCUGCUGCUUGGGCCAGGUUUGCUGUGCUGAGACAGAAGGGUUUUUUUUUGUUUGUAAAGUCAGAAAAACACCAAGAGCAUCCACUGAAGCUGUCUGUGAUGGUAGAGCCCUCUUCUCAACAGGAGGCUAAAACUUUACACAAAUUACUGUUCAAGAGCUGCAGGCUCAUUGAGGAGGAUUUGUGUCUUCACUUGGAUUGCCAUGCUUCAUAGCAAUCCUCGUGGCAGCACCUGGARCAAGUAAAAUGAUCUCCAUUGCCCAGAAGAGUUGGUGUUUUGAUGAGGUCUAUGCAGAGUACUUCUGGGGAAACAACUAACUAGAAAUCCUCACAAAAGAGUCUAUUUGGCAAUAAUGAAUCAAAUGGACAAAAAUCAACAGGAAGUCCCAUCAUACCUUCAUGAUGAACCACCAGAAGGGUCACUCAAAGAUCACCCACAGCAGCAGGCUGGCAUGCUUUCUCGUGUGACUGGUGGCCUCUUCAGUGUCACAAAGGGAGCUGUUGGUGCCACGAUCGGGGGUGUUGCUUGGAUUGGAGGGAAGAGCUUGGAAAUCACCAAAACAGCAGUGACAUCUGUGCCUUCCGUGGGAGUGGGGCUGGUCAAAGGAAGYGUUUCUGCUGUAGCUGGAGGCGUUACAGCUGUAGGAUCUGCUGUUGCAAGUAAAGUGCCUUUAACAGGAAAAAAAAAGGACAAGUCUGACUAAAAUGAAAACUGAGAUUCACUCGAUUCUCCAGAAUAUUCUGCCAGUGGCAUUAAUAUCUGCUAAGAUUGGGACCAUGAGAAGCCAUGUGUCUUAGACACUUAAUGUUCUAACGAGUUGUGCAAGUAACUCGWUUUCAUCUGAAAAGGACAGAAGAAGCUUGGCUGGCACAGCCUAUGAGGAUUUAUUAAGAGCCUAGAUUGAAGCUUUGUAUCUGGUGAAAUGUUACACUUGAUAACUAUAGAAGUGAGUAAGUGUAUCUGAAGGAAUAAUAUUUGAAUAUUCAUUUACUGUAAAUCUUCUGCAGUUUUGGACUAAAAUGUGAAUGUAGAAGCUGGGUAGUCUCUGAUGCCAUGGAUACGACAAGAUGCCAAUUACUGUUCUCAGUGGUUUCCACAUCCUCCUGCUAAGAAUCCUUCAGCUGUGUGAAGCAUUGUUGGAUGUACCCAGUCUUGGUUGUGAACCUGUAUUUGCAGGCAGCCUGUAACUAUCCCUGACUGCAUUCUGCCAGUGAAGACUGGAGCAAAUAGAACUGGAGGUGUGCAGAAAUUAGUAAAUGAGAAUGGUAGGUAGAAGUGAAAAAGGUUAAACAGCGUGGUAGAAGGGUUCAUAAAGAGUAAACUAACUCAAUGCCUUAUUAGAAGAAAAUCUCUUUUUACUAGGUGAAGCUGUGUAAAGAACUGUCCUGUCGUUUCAGUGCAGUUCACAGAAUGAGCCUCAGGCUCUUUACAAAUGCUGGUAUCUGAAACUUGUUCAAUUUUUUUUCUGAAAACGUGAUUGCUCCAUCUCAGGUGUAUUUAAUACUACGCAUCUGUCUCCUGCAAGUGAGAACUUGCUUCUAAUAAACUUCUUMUAGACACUAGAAAAAUGAGGGCCUAAUGGAAACUGGGCUGGUGUUUGUGGUCACCUAGCACAAGUAACUUGCUAGAAAUUCUUCUGUGUAGCUGGAAACCACUGAAGAACCAGCAGAGCUGUUCUUUCAACUCCAUGAUACACCAGGUUAGCUUUUUGCUCUGUUUAGGCAAAUGGAAGGAAUUUUUCACUACAUCUCUCAUGAUUUUUUUUUAGUAAAAUGCAAUACUUCUAUUUAAAACAAACCAAAAAUGGUAGAUGAGGCCUUUGAAAACAAACAAACAUCAUUCAAGUACUUUGUAUACUGACAGAUUACAAAUGUUGAUACCUCAGAUGGGAACACCUGUACAUCCUCUGCAGCAUGUGAGGCAAAAUGCAUUUGUAAUGGCACAGCAUGACGUUGCCUUAAAAUGUUUGUGAUCUUUUAUUUGUGUACUGAUUUUGCAAAUAAGUAACUCCUUUGGAAGUCCAUGAAAGGCAUCUAUUCAUGUUUUGUAUGCAGUAUUUUCUAAAAACUUGUGUUCUUCUGGA